ACGGAAGCCUGUUAAGCGAAAGCUUCUUCUAUUCCGUCCACAACCAUUUGAACCAUUUGAACCAUUUGAGCUUAAAGGCGCGCUUAUCGGACUAUAAUUCAUCGGUAUGAUUAACGUAGAUUUGAGUGUUGCGGCCGCGUUACGGAAGUCUGGUGGUAUAAUUAGUCUGAUGCCAAUGGGGGAUUCUAUUUACUUUGGAACUAAUAUUAAACAAGAACCUUUCACACUGUUGACUCUGACAGAUGAUCAGCGUUUCGCCAUUGAAAGGGCAAAGAAGUAUGCUUUAGAGCAAAGUAUUCAAAAUGCACUCAGCAAACAAGCAGCACAGCUACACCAACAGGACUUAAAUACAAUUAAAAGGAAUCAGGCACUUAUUCUUUUGAGUCGAAUUUAUGUUGGGUCAAUCAGUUUUGAAAUCGGAGAGGAAGAAAUCAGAAAAACGUUUUCACCCUUUGGACCGAUUAAGUCUGUCGCUCUUAGUUGGGAUACAGUUCUACAAAAACACAAGGGAUUUGCUUUUGUUGAGUUCGAGGUACCAGAAGCUGCUUCUUUGGCAUUAGAUCAAAUGAAUGGAUACACUCUGGCUGGCAGAAACCUAAAGGUCGGGCGACCAAGCAAUGCUCCUCAAACUGCUGCUUUAGAAGCCGAACUACGCGCAGAAGUUAGUACUAAGCCUCGUGUAUACAUUGCUUCAGUUCAUCCAGAGUUAACCGAGUCUGAUAUUCAAACUGUAUUCGAAGCAUUUGGGAAAGUAAACAGCUGCAGGUAAACUAUGAUUAAGUGACCACUCUAGGCACUGAAUUUCUGCCUUGUAUAUUUGUUAUUGAAUUCACUAAUAGUGUAAUGUAUUUCGUAACGGUUAGAUACAAAAACCAUUUUUAAUUAGUUUUGCAUUAGUGUUAAUGAUGAUAUUUAUCUCUUUCUUAUUUAGUUGAUUUCCCUUCGAUUUGAGAUUUGGCAACUUGAACCAGCAUACGUUCUUCCCAAAUCGUUUAAUGUCUUUAAUCGCCUCAACAAUCAAUCAGGCACCCAUUCUGUCUGAUUGGUGUUGGGACUAUAAAAGCCUAAGUAAGCAGGUAGUGUGAUGUAACAUAUCUAGAUGACUGCUUCUCGUUAAAAUAACAGUAAAGGAAAUUUUAUUUGAAGUCAGAUUCAGACGUUGAAAAAUUGGGUUUUCUUGGCUCCAACGAUAAAGCCCCAUACUAGUAAAUUACAGGCGUUUAAUUUGGUACUAAGUUGGUUAAAAAGUGAUCAUCACCAAACUAGUCUGUAGUCGUAGGGCUAAUCCUAUCAGUUUUCACGUUUUAGGUUCCAUUUUUAAUUAGUUAAUUUUACCAGUGGUCUGGAUACUAAUUAGUUUACCCCAAGAAAUGACUCAUUCUUAUGAAACUCUCAUAAGUACUGUGAAGUUUGACAUAUACCUUGAGUAUAUAAGUCUUGAGUUUGAUUUUAUCCUUAAAAGACAAAUAUUGAUGAAAUUUAAUUAGGUUGGAAUUUCAGAUUCACAGCUACUUACUUUUCAAGUACAUCCGUAUAAUUAAACUUAGCUUUCGCGACACUGGUUAUCCUGCUAAGGCGGUUAAUUGUAUAAAUAUCUAUCCUUAGAAUUGACUAAUGUGCUGUAAUUAGGUCCUCGCGUGACUUGUUUGGCUGUUAGUGUUGAUACACGUUAUUACUAUUGAUCAAGACCGUUGAUAUCCAAUAUUUGUAACUCCUUCCGUCAUUCUUUAGAGUUCUAACGAACUCACUUUCUAAGUGUUGUGAACAAAUUUCUCAUUCUGGUUACCUUGCAGAAUUAUUUAAUAACUAUCAGAUUUGACGUGAUAUAUUUGCUAGUUAAUUGCUUAUUCGAUAUGUGUAUUUAUCCAUUUGUAUGUCAAUCAGUAUUAUGUUGCUACUUAUAGCAUUUCUUAACAUCCAAUUUGGCUAUUGAAGUCCUUGAGUACAACGCGAACUGAGUUUUUCUCGUUAAAUUUCAACUAAUAAAUAUUUAACACCAAGUAGUUGUUCUGAAGUGUGUAUAUAUGUAUAAGGUCUGAAGCACCUAUGCCUACACUUUAUGGUGUACAUCUUACUGUAAUAGAAAAAAUCAACCCAGCACUUUUUCGUACUGCGUGUUUUAAUUUAUGAUAGUCAAGCCAUUAGGUGCUGUCUACCAUCUGGUUAAGAAUUCUGGUGACGUUAAUUUUCCGCAACUUCUUGCCUACGCUAUUCGAUCAGCUUGUAUCCAGAUCCUAAAUGUUCUGGUCGUCAUCGGGGAUUCGGUUACAUUGAUUUCGAAUCAGAAGAAGCUGCUAUCGCGGCCGUCUCAAGCAUGAAUUGUUUCGACUUGGCGGGACAACAACUUCGUGUUGGACGCGCACUUACUCCCAAAGGAGUUCCUCUUCCAUUCGAACUUAAUGCUAACAAAAGUUUAAACACAAUUUCCACUAAUCCAAUAUCUACUUCGGCCGUCGCGUUUGCAGCCGCAUCAAUUUCCGCUAAAGUUAUGACACUGUCAGCUGAGGAAAUUAGUUCGAACAGCCUUAAUGGAGUAAGUAAAUAUAUUAUCAUCUUCCUUUUUGGCAUUUGAAUCCAUAUUAUUUACUGUAUUCUGUUGAUUAUUGAUCCACAGAUUCGUUUAGGAACAUGGGUAUAAAGUGAUGUAAAUUUCCUGCGACAUCUGAAAGGAAUUGGUUCGAGAUAAUAUGCUUCACAUUUAUAUAUAGCUAUUAGAUGUAACAUAUUGUAGCAAAGCAAGAUAAAGCAAGUAAGCAAUCAAUAAGAGAACAAUCAACCACAUACUAAGAAGUCAAUAGAUGUAAAAUGUGAUAUCAUCAUGAUGACUAUAAUCAUAAAAGAUAGCUGUUAGCGAGAUAUAGGUUGAAUUAAAGUAUAUCCCGUGCAUGAUUGUGUUGAAGCACUCUGAUUGGCCGUUUCUUAACAAAUCAGCACUAGCGAGUACUUGGAAAAGACUCUAAGAUCUUAUGUAACGAUUAUAUAUACGCUAACGUUCCUCUUGUUAUGAUUCCUACUUCCAUCCAACCUUGUUAUUUGGGACAUAGUUACGCCCCUAUUCAACCAUGUUCUGAUUUGGGGACUGGUCAAGUGAAUUAUUUUAUUUUCCAUCUCAAACUGAAACCAAAAGUUUGCUUCUUAAUCUCCGAGUUUGUCGUACGGAAGUCGCUCGAUUGGAUAUAAUCCCUGGUUUUACUUUCCGCUUUCAUACCUGCUUACACAAUUCACCUAUACUUUAGCAGAGGUUCUCCAUCUGCUAAACUGUAGAUAUGGUAUUUUUUCGAAGAGUACGAAGCAGUUUCUUCAUGGUAUUUUUAUAUAGUUCUAAUUAUGAACUGUUGUUUGACUCGUCAGUGGUUACUAUGUCUUAUACUAUUUCGAAAUUGUAACCAGUCAACCAUAAAUCUGUUGAACUCUUAGUGGCCCGUGGAUCUGACUCCUAUUUAGAUCGUAUAAAUGAUUGUUAUCGCCUUUUCUCGUAUAUCAUCGUCGACUUAAAUCACGUUAGUCAAUAACAAAAUUAAAUAAGUCGAAUAACGAGAAUUGAUUUGUGAAUACAUAUAUUUUGUAUAUGAAGCGAAUGAAACAGAACAAAGCAAAAUGACACGCAGGGAAGAUGGCUGGGAAGCCAACUCCAUUUCAGUUAAGCGUUACUCAAUAUUUAUAGUCAGACAAAAAUAAACUACAGACAUGUGAUGAGUCAUGGGAUAUGAAGUGUACACACAUAUACGCUCAUAUAAAAACAGUCAAGACUGAUAAACGAAUAAUUGACAAGGUCAAAAUAUGACUCAAGUAGAAUGAAUAGAAUGGAAUGUCCGAAAGCUAGAAUAAGAUAUAUGGGCUUAAAAUAAUGACUGACACUAGAAUCUGUUAUGCAUAAAAAAGUCCUAGUUUGUUUGUAAUGCUUCUUAGUCCUGUGUUUUACUUGCACAAUCAUGUGAGUUGUGUCUAAAUAAACAAUUCCUGGUGAUCACUCAUGAUUUUCCGAUGUUCUGAAUGCAAGUUUGGUAAAAUGAGUAAAAGUCUGUGUGGUUUGUCGAUCACUCUACCAAUACAUUGUUCCAGCUACUGGAUUUGCUGUUAAAAAAACGAACAUGUACGCUCUUUCAUUAAAGUGGACAAUAUUGACUAAUAAAAGUUAAGUGAUACAGUAAAAAAUCUUUCAUCUAUAUAGUCUAUUAUCUAUUUUUUUUUCGUACUCAGUGUUCCUCAUCGUUCACCGAACCUUUUAGUUUGAUAUUUGAAUGGUUCUGAUUUAAUUUUUCAAGGAUGCUUAGUCGACUGAACACUAAAUAUAUUGAUAGGCUUUGGGAAUUUUAAGAGCAACCCAAUCAGGAUGCACUUUUUGUGAAACACUUCUGUUUUUAAAAAGUGAUAAAAUUACAGAGGAUUUGGAAUGUUAGCACAAUUAGUGAACUUAUAGCUAGAUUUUGGCAAAUUAGAUUGGAGCUAGUGGCACCUCAACAUCCUAAACCUAACAUUCGUUAACACGAACUCCUAACUUUUAUACUUUCAUGCCGUACUACCUAACCCUAACACAGUAUCUCUAACUUCUAACACAUUAGAACCUUAAUUCUAAACUAUAACACAUUGUUCCACAAGAAAUUCACAAUCCAGCUCAUAUAAGCUUUAAUCAAAAACAUGAUCUUCAGCGACAAGUUACCGGCAAUGGCGUUCGUCCUAAUAUUUAAUACCCAAAAUCUUGAAUCUGAUCACCUAAGACCGUCAGUAUUGUAUGGUUUCAUCAAUAUAUUUUUCUAAUCUCUAAAAACCCUGCUGUUGAUCCGGUUUGACUUCAGUGUAACCCAAUUACCAUGAGAAAAUUUUGAUACUUAGUUUACAGUCACACUAGCUAUGAAGGCUAAUGCUAUUAACCAGUUUCCCAAACCCAACCUACUAGUUAUAGGCUAAGUAGGUUCAGAGUUUGAGUCAUACUUCACUUACUUCGGUUUGGAGCAGCUCAGUAAUAUCACUAACCGUCAUACUUAGGUUUUUCAAAGCUGAGUACAUGAACCUGUUCCAUUUCAUUCGUUCUGUCAUUUUGAGUAGAGUUUUAAUGAACGCUAUAAGCUUAGAUGUUAUAGAGUAUUAGGACAUUUGUAACCAGUUGGUUAACAGGGAAAUUGUUCAGCUGCUUAAAGGGGUUGCUUCCUCUGACCACAGUGAACUAAGACGUUAUAGAGAAGGGUUUUGGAUGUAUUAUAAACAUGUUUCACUUAUUUAAAUGGUGAUAAAUAAGUGAUGGAAAAUAAUAAAAUUCAAUCUGAUAACUGCUCACAAGACCAAAUAAUUGAUCAAAGUCCUCAAAUGAACUGAUUUUAAGAGAUACUGCAAUUGACCAACAAACACGCUUUUUUCUGGUGAAAUAGGCGUUUGUAAGUUACUAGUUUCGUAGGUCGUUCAGUCACCAAUUAAGUUAAGACUAUCAGACUUUGACUGACGCACACUCGUGCCAGUUUCCACAUUGAUAAUAACUGGACUAACUAGUCUGUUACAUCCAUAUUGUUAAACUGUUGAAUAUAGAUUUAUAGUAGAAUAACACCAUUACACUUGUCAUGAAUGUGUUAUUUAAAUUAUUCAUAAUAUUUAACUAUUCUAAUAGGUAUUGACUUGUUGCAGUCCAAAUUACUGACUUAUUAGGUUUUUAAGUGAGUGUAAUUGUUUAAAUGUUCGAUUUACACGUUUCAUUUGGAAGUAAUCGGGUAUUGAAUGCAAAAUUUAUUUUCUCUCACAAUUUAUUGAUUCACAAUCCAUUAAAUGGAAUACACUCAUUAUAAAAACAAAAGUAAUUGGUUAAAUGGAGUUCUUUUUUCCUCCAAUUCACUUUCAAAGCCACACAGUCGCAAAUUUGUACCUUUUUCAGUGGUAAUCAAUAAUAUGUUUAUCAAAUUUACUGAGCUUAAUACAAAAUUACAAGAAAUGAUGUCCUUGUUAGGAAACUGUAAACCUAGUCGUUGAAAUCUUGAAUAUUCAUCAAUAUUUCCAUAAACGUUUUUAUAAAGAAUAGUAAUUAUUCAAAAUGGUUGAGUGACAUGGUAAGAUAAAAUUUAAUCAUAGACAGUGCAGAAACAAAAUAAGUCAGCUAAAGGUAAAACGUCUGUCGGGAAAUAGGGAUAGGGUAAUUACUUCGGAAAACUUGUGACUAAGGCCAUUAUAGAAGAAGAGGUUGAAUAAGUUUCAUUUGUACACACAAUUUUGUUUAUUCUAAAUGUUUGGGGAAGGAUUCAUAAAUGCUAAGACAGAAGCUCACUGUCUUCGUCAGGCUUCUACCUACCCCAUAGAUAACUUUAAAUGCUGAGUUUUGGUUAAAUAACCCAUUUCCACAAACUUUUCCAAUCACACUCCUUGAAUCUAAACAGACAAAUCGUCCUACAACCUCCACUGGAUUUUCUGGACCUCCUGCAGCUGCACAAAAUCUCCCACCUCCUGGUGUAUUUAUUCCUACUUCUGUAGGGGACAAUGUAACGUCAACAUCGGAAGAGAAGCAAAUAGAAGGUAAUUCUUUAUUAAAGAAAAUUUUCAAUCCGUUCAAAGAACGUUUUUCGUCUCAACCAAUAUAUAAUUAACUAGCCAGUUAUAUGAAAACAUUUUGAUUUGCUCUAUUUCUGCAACAUAAAAGACAAUAGGUAGAAUUGCAAAUAUCCCAUUCUGCUAACAAGCAUCAAAAGGGUAUACAUGGUAUGUUCACCAAGUACGCAGAUUGAUAAAAUGGAAAAGUUUAUAACACAAAACCUAAAAGACUGCACAUGUUUAAUGUUCCCAACGUAAGCUUUCCUUAUCAACCAUCUCUUGUCACGAUCCCGACUAACAAUCUCAGUAAACCAGUUCACCUGUUUAUUGAACAGAUUAUGUAAAUAAACUAAUUCAGUCGACCUACUGGGCUAUUUCUUUCAAAUGCUUAUCCUCCUCCCGAUCGUGUCAUUUCAUUUAUAUCCAUAACUUCACUUUUUGUAUCCUUAUGCAGUCACGGUGAUUUUUUCUUAUCUUCUCUGUCAAGUCUGAUGAAAAGGGAUUAAUAUCACUUGUGAAUGACAAAUGUUGCUGCUGUUAUGGCGAUAUAUAAAAAUAUUGGUAUGCAUAAGGUGACCGAUUAAACAAUCACUUCACGAGAGUGAACUGAAUUACCAAUUAUUACGCAUCGAGAACAAAGAGAACGUUUCUAUCAUUACAUUUUAAAUUAUCCAACUAAUAAAGGAGGCAGGAAAUAGGGAUUAAAUGGUAUAUUUUUCUACUGUUUUUAUUAAACUUUAAACUAAAAAUGCAGAAGAUAAAGAAAACCCGAAAAGACAAAAAAUGUGGUGAUAUUAAAGUACUUCAAGGGGUGUGGCCCCCUAAGCAAACCACUUGCUUCUGUUUAGGCGCCCGGGCAGUAUCCCAACCCUCGCACAAAUCUAUUUGGUGCUUCCUUGUACUAAUGUUUGUGUUUAAAUGAAUAAGUACUUCAAGCAUGUCUUUGUAACUAAAACUCUCCACAAACCCAAUAUUCUCUUCUGGGAUAGGUGAUAUGAUGAUCUUGGGGCUCUGCUAAGUAACUGAGUUACACUUGUGUAUAUAAGUUUGUAAUUAACUGAUGAUUCUACUUAGUUUGAUUUAGAAAAUUGUUUCUAUGAUUUAAUUUAUCUGUCUUGUCUCGUAGAUAUCUUGUAUUGAACGCAUUUAAGCGAAUACUAAAAUAGAGUAACUUAUUGCUGAUUUGUCCAAGCUAUAUAACUCUUCGUAACCAUGUUUUUGCGUAACAGACCUUGGAAACCAAGUAUAAAUGACGUAUUUUAUAUGGCUUCUUAGUAUCAUUUAUUGCAUCCUAUCCAGACCGGUGCAAGUUGUAACACACGAAUAUCACAAAGUUAAAACCCUCCUGAGGCAACUAUAGAACUUAUCAAUCAACGGGAUUGUUUUCGUAACUAAUUCCUAAAAAUCAAUUUCUGUGACUGAUCCAGCGUUUAUCAUUUUUCAAAGCUUUAUGCAUAGUACUGUCAUUAAAUCGAAAUGAAAUUUAUUUUUGUGAAUUUAAAUUUAUCUAACUCACUGGUUUCUGUGUUAUUCAGAUGUCAUUUCCGUCACAACUGCAUCCGUCUGGGAUGAUGACGACGACUCGGCGAUCCCUGUCCCAACUGCUUCAGAGGAAAUUCCUGAAAUCCCCGCUGAAGAUCAGGUCGGGGAGCACACUGAAGUAACCGCUCACCUAAACGAUGUUGAAGACUCUCAAGAUGUGUUUACUAUUAGUAUGUCUAGGGUUUUAUUGCUCGAGAAUAUGGUAGGUGUUAAUGAAGUGGACGACGAACUUCAGGAGGAAGUAAUGGAGGAGUGUGGGAACUACGGUUCUGUUCUACGCGUUUUGAUUCAUAUAAUGACAAGUCAGGAUGUUCGCAUCUUUAUUCAGUUUGACCGAUCGGAUGACGCUAAAGCUGCUUGCUGCGCCCUAAAUCAACGCUAUUUUGCUGGUCGUGUUGUCCAAGCUCGUUUGUAUGACGAAGAACGGUUUCAACUGCAUGAAUUGGAUGACUAAGGAGUAUUCUAACUUAUUUUAUUGGUCGUAUUUCAGUCCGCAUUCAAUAUCAGUAUUUCUUAUAACAAUUAUGUACGCAUAUUUACGAUGUUCAUUUUGUUUGUCAGACUUAUUGUAUACUUCCUUAACCCUACAAUCUGUAUGUACAUAAAGCAAGGUUUAAUUUUAUAUUAAACAUAUUCCGAAUUAGUUUCCCUUUUGUCGUUUCUGAAUAUAUGGUCAAGUUACAUUCCCCUUGACUAUGCUCAAACUAAUAAUGAUUAUUCAUGUGUAAG